GCCAUGGCCCCCUGAUUGGCGAUCUCUCCUUCCUGGGAUCGGGGGGCGUCUUGCCACUAUGUCAGAAACAUUAACGUCCGGGGUCUACUAUACAGCGUUUCGUUCAAAUGGAGCGGGAUAAAUACUGAAAUCUUGGCGGCUCCGCAUCAAGCUACAAUUUUAGUGGAGGCAAUCUUUAAACCUUGGCGACUCCGCAUUCGAACUGAACGUGAAUGCGUGCCAUCGAAUCUGAUAUAUGGGGAAAGGCUGCGCUUGGGGGGCGGAGAGAUGGGGUAGUGGGCAUGCCAAUUGCGGAAGGGACAGGGCCAUCUUGGCCUUUCAUGCUAGCGCCAGUGGUUUUGGGUGAUCUCUUCCUCGAAUGAGAAUACGGCGUUCUGUCUCUUCUCAUCCAGUCCACCGAGAGCUUGUCAGGUUUGAUAUUGGCUUUAAAUCAAGGCCCAUGGCUAAAACUUUCGGGCAAACAAUUAGCCUGUGCCUGGCGCUUCUAUCAGAUGACUAGUGUUCCAAAUGGCCUUCUACGCUCUGCAGCUGACGGCAUUAACGUCCUCGAGGUAAGAUCUACCAGGAACAGUCAAGGACAGAAGCGUCGAUGCUAAGAAACCUCUCACCUACCCAAGCUAGCGACGGAGCAAUCGUUCCAUAUUCCGAGUCGGCUUCCAUUGGAAGCUCUCAAAAUGAAGCAUCAAUCUAGGGCUCCCAUAUUAGCCUCCCGCCGUUUUCGGGCCUGAUUCCCCCUCGAAGUCAGAUGAAGGGCUUGGAUACUCGUUCUACGCGCCAAGUAUGGGUCAUGAGGUUGUAGAUCCGCCACGUCUUCCCGGACGAAAUCACGAGUUUCAGCUCAUGCCUGUAGAGAUAUUUUGCUUAUAAGAGAGGCGUCCCCUCUGGAUUAACUGAGAUUCAUCCUCGCCCUUUUGUACAUUCCUCAACCUGCCUUUGUAUAUACUCCCGCAAUCAUGAAGUACUCACUCUCAUACACUGCCUUGACGGCCGCAGUUGCUGUCACCAGCGUCUUCGCUGCCCCAGCCGUUGUCCAGAAGCGCGCUGCCUGCUCGUCAGCAGUCACGCUCAGCGGAUCUUCCAACCCAUUUGCCACCAACAAGCUCUACGCCAACUCCUACUACGCUGAUGAGAUCACCGCCGCUGUUGCUGGCAUGACCGAUGCAACCCUCAUUGCUCAGGCUAAGAAGGUUGCUGAGGUCGGCUCGUUCAAGUGGAUCGAUACCAUCUCUGUCAUCCCCACCAUCGAUGCCAUGAUCAAGGACGUUCCUUGCGGAGAGAUCAUCGGUCUUGUCAUCUACGAUCUCCCCGGCCGUGAUUGUGCCGCCAAGGCCUCCAACGGUGAGCUCGCAGUUGGCGAGAUUGCGAGAUACAAGUCCGAGUACAUCGACCCAAUUGUCGAGAUCUUCAAGGCCAACCCAAACACCGCCAUCGCUCUUAUCAUUGAGCCGGAUUCCCUCCCCAACUUGGUCACCAACGCCGACCUCGCCACCUGCCAGGCUUCUGCCUCAGGUUACGAAGAGGGUGUUGCAUACGCCCUGAAGCAGCUCAACUUGCCCAACGUGGUGAUGUACGUUGAUGCUGGCCACGGUGGAUGGCUCGGAUGGAACGACAACCUCAAGCCCGGUGCUGAGGGACUUGCCAAGGUCUACAAGGCCGCUGGCUCCCCAUCGCAGGUUCGUGGUAUUGCCACCAACAUUGCUGGCUGGAACGCCUGGAAGAAGACCCCCGGAGAGUUCGAGAACACCCCCGACGGACAGUACAACAAGUGCCAGGAUGAGGACCGCUACGUCACCAUCUUCGGUGCGGCGCUUGCUGCCGCAGGCCACCCCAACCACGCGAUCGUUGAUACCGGCCGCAACGCUGUUCAGGGUCUCCGCCUUGAGUGGGGUGACUGGUGCAACGUUGACGGUGCCGGCUUUGGAGUCCGCCCAUCAUCGGACACCGGAAACACGCUUGCCGAUGCCUUCGUCUGGGGUAAGCCCGGAGGAGAGAGUGACGGAACCAGCGACACCAGUGCGACAAGAUAUGACUCCUUCUGCGGACACGCGGAUGCCUUCAAGCCAUCCCCAGAGGCCGGUGCCUGGCACCAGGCUUACUUCGAGAUGCUCCUCAAGAACGCCGUUCCGCAAUUCUAAACAACCAACAUGGAUGUUGGUAAAAGUUUGGGAUCCACUUAGAAGGAACAAAAGUUGGCAGAGAUUUGUUGGGCGAUCUUCAUCGUCGGUCUAGAAAGUUAUGGCUUUCGCCGACAAGCCACUUGAACAUAUGAUAAACCCAUAGCUUCUUGUACAUAAAAGAGAAUUCAAUUCACUCGCUUG